AUGAAAGUGCUUAAACAUGCAGCUCAAAGAAAAGAAUUGGAAAGGCCGUUACCUGAAUUAUUGGCAGUUAUGUGUAUGUGCAAUAAAGCCCAUUUUGAACGUACACGACGUUCUAUGCGCCGUGUAUGUACACAAAUGGCUUUGGAAAAAGAAUUGAGAGAACAAAAAAUUGUUGCUCGCCAAACUAAAACAUUUCGUGUUGUAGACCAAACUGGACAUGAAUCUGUUCGGGUACCUUCAACAAACGAUCUCUGUAAAAUGGAGGCAACUCUGACAGGAGAAGGAAUGGAAGAGGACCCAGAAAGGUGGCCAAAGGCUAGGAAACGUACAAAUGAUUUGAUUGGCUCGCCUUCUGAGGUAGCGUUGCUUCGUUAUGUUGAAAUGGUUGCUAGUGUGGAAGGAAUUCGAAAUAGAUAUAAAUUAAUGUUGGAAAUUCCAUUCAAUUCUGUUAGGAGAUGGCAAUUAGUUGUGGUUAAAUGUCUUGUCAGUACUUUAAGUAGCGGAAUGAGUGCUGGAACGCCUGAAAAGAGACCUCAAUUCAGUCGUUUUUUGACUCCAUCACCAACUACAGAAAAUUCAGAAACAUCAGAAAAUGGCGAGAAUAAAAGCCAACAUUCUCCACCUUCACAGAAUGCAGAAGCCGAUUUUUCAGUUAUGAUUAAAGGAGCGCCUGAAGUGAUAUUGAGCCUUUGUUCUGAUGUUCUAAUGGCAAACGAACUCAAACCAAUUGAUGAACAGUUUCGACAUGAUUGCCAAGCUGCUUGGGAUCAUUUUGGUUCAGAAGGUCGUCGAGUUUUUGCUUUCGCUCAACGUCAAUUUAGAGCUCCAGGGAAUACAAAGUUUUCUGUACAAUCGGAGAACUAUCCCAAAACUGGCCUAACAUUUCUUGGAAUGGCUGCAAUGAUGGACCCACCAAGAAACGAAACGGCCGCCGCAAUUCAACAAUGCAAAGAUGCAGGCAUUAAAGUUUUUAUGAUUACUGGCGAUCAUCCAAGUGCAGCUAGUGCAAUUGCUUCACAAAUUGGGUUGACAACAACUAAGAAUGAGGCAUUUUCUUUUAAAAACUUAAGGAAUUUUUCCCUAAAUUUAAUUUUACAGGUUAGAUCCAGAGGUAAUCAACAAAUAAAAUUAAGCCUCGAUCCGAGUCCCCAAAUUGACUGGGCAAUUGUUCUAGGCGAAUCACUGGCUGAAAUGAGCGUGGAAGAAUGGGAUCGAUUGUUAACACACAAAUAUAUUGUUUUUGCGAGAACAACGCCUGAACAAAAACUUUUAAUUGUAGAACAGUGCCAAAAGCGAGGAGAAACGGUGGCGGUUACCGGUGGGGGUGUUAAUGAUGCCCCUGCACUUGCUAAGGCAAAUAUAGGAAUAGCUAUGGGUGUUAAUGGAAGUGAUAUUGCUAGAAGAGCCGCGGACAUAGUUUUAACAGACGACAAUUUUGCUUCGAUUGUGAAGGGCAUUGAAGAGGGCCGAUUGUUAUUUGACAAUUUAAGACUUUCUAUUGCCUAUACAUUGGCUCACCUUUGGCCUGAAAUUUUAAGUAUUGAUUUGGCUAGUGAACUUCCCCCAGCUAUUUCUUUGGCUUAUGAAAGUCCUGAAAGGGAUAUUAUGAAAGUUCCUCCUCGCAAUCGAAAUACAGAAUUAGUUUCGAGUAGAUUAUUGUUAUACUCAUACCUUUUCUCUGGUACUUUUAUAACAAUUGGGUGUGUUGCUUCUUAUUUGAGUGUUUAUUGGUAUUUGAAUUAA